GUAUUUAUUUAUCUUUUAAUUAUUGUUAAGUACGGAGUAUAGUUUUUAUAAGCCCCAUAUAAUCAGGAAAAUUCAAGAGCUUGUUCUAUAAUUAUCGAAAAUCUAAAUUUCAGUUCUCCUGUUAUAACUCCAAAAAAUUUACCCUCCAAAUUUAACCAAAAAACAAAGCCAUAACUCAGAAACUUCAUAUUUUUGCUCCCACAAACACAGGUGGCUGUAAGUAUUCAUGCAUUAGUAGUGGAGUAAAGAUUUGAUAUUGAAGUAAUGCAAAAGGAUAGUAAUUCGGGUGCCCCAGGAACACCACGACUACGUCGUCGCAGAGGAUCAAAUGAGGAUCCUCAGGAGGUUACCAAAGCAAAUGGAGCCCAUUUGCUUGUUGACGAUCGGAGCAAGUAUAGGUCAAUGUUGAUCCGUCUAUAUUCAACGCUCUGGAUGAUUGGUGGUUUUGCUUUCAUCAUUUACAUGGGGCAUCUUUAUAUUUGGGCCAUGGUAGUAGUAAUACAAAUCUUUAUGGCAAAAGAGUUGUUCAAUCUACUUAGAAAAGCGCAUGAAGACAAGCAACUUCCUGGUUUCAGGCUAUUAAAUUGGCACUUUUUCUUUACAGCAAUGCUGUUUGUAUACGGACGCAUCCUGAGCCAGAGGCUAGUCAACACGGUUACAUCAGACAAAUUUUUAUACAAGCUUGUUAGCAGAUUUAUCAAGUAUCACAUGGUCACGUGUUAUUUCNAAUUGUUUUUGUUCUCUUUGGGAAGUAAUCAUUUGGACCAACUUCAGGUUUUAAUUUCUUUCCUCAGCGUGCAUAUGUCUAGUCGAAAGAUAGAGGGCUUCUUUUGGUUCCUUCUUCCAGCAUCACUCAUUGUCAUCAAUGAUAUAACUGCUUAUAUUUUUGGAUUCUUCUUUGGAAGAACUCCUUUGAUCAAGUUGUCCCCCAAGAAAACUUGGGAGGGCUUUAUUGGGGCAUCAGUAUCAACCAUUAUCUCCGCAUUUCUGCUUGCCAAUAUAUUUGGUCGCUUCAGGUGGCUAACAUGCCCUAGGAAGGAUUUAUCAGCUGGGUGGCUUGAUUGUGAUCCUGGUCUACUGUUUAAACCAGAUUAUUUUACUGUACCUGAGUGGUUUCCUGCAUGGUUCCCUUGGAGAGAGAUCUCUGUUUUGCCUGUGCAAUGGCAUGCCUUGUGGCUUGGCUUGUUUGCAUCAAUCAUAGCGCCUUUUGGAGGCUUUUUCGCUAGCGGCUUUAAGAGAGCCUUCAAGAUUAAGGAUUUUGGUGAUAGUAUACCUGGACAUGGUGGCAUCACAGAUAGAAUGGAUUGUCAGAUGGUGAUGGCUGUUUUCGCAUAUAUCUAUCAUCAGUCUUUUGUGGCGCCUCAGAAUUUGUCAAUUGAGAUGGUCUUGGAUCAGAUAAUAAUGAACCUGAGCUUUGAGGAGCAGCGAGAUCUGUACUCGAAACUUGGGCAAAUCAUCCAGGAGAAAAUGUUUGGAGAAUCCUGAGCACAUAUUGUAUAUGUUUUCUUUUUUUUUUUGUUUAGCGUCGCUGCUGUUGACAUUUUGCACACUGUACAGUGCCUCUGUCACUCUCUAUCUCUUUGUAUUUUUGGUUUGUUUUUCUCCUUAUAUUCUUUAGUAGUUCAGACUA